AUGGCCUACAUUCUACAAGAUGCGCUUGUUCUGCUUAGCCUUUUCACUCGGUCUUUAGCACAGCAGGAUGAUCCCGUCAAAGAAUUCUGUCGACGAUGGGGUCAUGCAACAGCACGGAUUGAUUCGAUGCUAUAUAUUGAUGGUGGCAUGGUAGGAGAAGUCCCUUUCACGUCGAACCACUCAAAUACAUGGCUUUUGUCCAGUAACUUGAGCUCAUCGACCGUCGAUACCGGGAUGCCGGAGCAAAAGGCGUACUCGAAACCUGGAAAUAUACCCAGCCUCUCAGGCGGUUAUACAUGGGCGGAUAAUACGAAUAAAUGCUUCUAUCAGUUUGGCGGAGAAUAUGCCGCAGGCGCUAGCCCUAUGGACUUCGGUAUAUGGACUUACGAUGUCUUGCUCAACCAAUGGAAUAGUACCGAGACAACUGGCGACAAAAACCUGCAACGGGUGUCCUUUGGCGCAGGGACACAAGUCGAGAGCCGUGGAUUAGGGUUCUACUUUGGUGGCUGGCUCAGCAACAGAACGGCACCUGGUUGGAACGGGCCUCCGAUGGCUACCAAUGGGCUGAUUCAAUUCGACAUGUCUACAGGCGACCUACAGAAUACAACUGGACCAGAUGACAUUGGGAGAGCCGAAGGACAACUUUUUUUCCUACCCGUAUCGGACAGCGGUGUGCUCAUCUAUUUUGGUGGUAUCGAAGACUCGUAUCGUAACGGUAGCUUUGAUGCAGCAAACAUGAGUACCAUCCACAUCUACGAUAUGGCUUCAUCGAAAUGGUAUACUCAGACCGCAUCUGGCGAUAUACCUGAAAAUCGCAGACAAUUUUGUGCUGAUGUCACCUGGCCCGAUGACGAGUCAUCUUUCAACAUCUAUCUUUACGGUGGAUACGGUUUCGGUGAAACGCCAGCUUUCGACGACGUUUAUAUCCUUAGUCUUCCAUCGUUUACUUGGAUCAAGGCCUUUAGUGGUGGGAAUCCGUCUGAAGUCGGACACGGCGGUUGUAGCGCGAAUGUCGUCAACCACGCGCAGAUGUUGAUCAUAGGUGGCUGGUUUCCUAUCUAUGACAAGUGCGAUGCGCCAGAGGGCCAAGGGCAACAUAAUAUGGUUCUUGGAUACAACGGCGGGGACGCGAAACUUUGGGAUAAGUUCAGUCCUCAACUAGAUCACUACGUUGUUCCUUCACCUAUCGUCUCCGUGAUUGGAGGAGGCUCCACCGGAGGUGCUACGAAGACUUCGCCAGCCACGUGGGGUCACCCGGACCUUGCUACCUACUAUACACUCAAACCUACUUUCACAGCAAGAUCAGCUACUCGUGUUGUGCUCUCGCCAACAGAAUCCCCAUCCCCUGAAAGCUCAAAGAAGACGAACGUAGCGGCUAUCGUUGGCGGCGCAGUCGGAGGAUUUGUGGUACUCGUUAUCAUACUAUGUCUUAUACUGCUCUGUCUACACAGGCGAAAGAGAGCGAUGAAAAAGAAGAAGGAGGGUGGACCCCCACCAGAUCUUCCACCUGCUGAACUUGCGACCACAGUUCCUCAAGAGAUGGCCGCCACAGAUGUUAGCAAGUACGUUUCCAUGCAUGACCAGGCAGAUUCUAUCGCUCGUGCUCAUCGUCCCGGACAUGUCCAACAACACUCACACUCCGAUAGCCACGAAUACAACUCGUUCUACUCGGCUCAAGGUCCCCCCUCUUACGGUCAGGAUCUCCCAUACAUAUCUCCUGUAGAAGGUGGACACUCGAGUCGCUCACUACAUGGAGAGCAGUUUUUCACGGAAAGCAAUAUCGCUCACAACUCGCCGACAACUGCUUGGAGUACUCAAACGAGCUAUCCACAAUCUGUGCAUGGUCAGGACAGUCAAUACUCGUAUCCUACACCAACUUCGCCGCGACAGUCUCCCAAUGAUGCCAUUCAGCAACAAGUUCCAAUAUACUAUCCACGACCAAGUGAUCCAUCGACGCGUUCGCGACAGUCGCCACCUUCAUUUUCCGAGAACAGAGGAAGCCCGGCAGGGACACAAUAUAGCGGCGAUGGAAAUCCCCCCAACAUCAGCACUACAACCACGCCAGCACACUUUUAUGCGCAGCAAUCGCUGCGUGAUUCUCCAGGAAGAGAUGGUAGGCGACCUAUACAGGGGAGGUUCAUGGAAGAAGGACACAUGUGA